AUGGCAGAGACGAAGUAAGAAUCACUGCUUCGAUAGUAUAUAAAUGACUACUCCAGACAGCGUUUUGAUACUUUAUGAAAAUUCUUUUGUUUUGCUGAAAAAGUAAGUAUUGAUUUAUUUUCUUAUUUCAAACGACAUGGCGUUAGAUGGGAAUUAUGCGCAUAAAAGUACAGCUUUGAUGCGUCUGAAGCGGGAGCUUAGUUUAGAGGAGCUGUCCGCUUACUGCAAACGAUUGGAAGAUGGUCAGAACGUUUCAGACACAUGGCUUGGCAUAGCGGGUGCUGUAGCUUCGGUUGCAGGUGCUUUGGUUAUGCCGGGAUUGGGGGUGGUCCUGGGCGGCAUAAUGCUGGGCGCUUCAGCUGCUAAGGGUUUGCUGGGUGACACCAGUAUCGAAAGAGAUUGCGCUGACGUUCCAUUCAAGGAAUUAGAACAAAGACUGGACAAAAAAUUCAACGAAGUCAACCGUAAAUUGGAUCAGCAAGCAGAGAUUUUGAAAGGCAUUUCUGAAAAAGUGAGCGAAACACUUUCUCAGCUAGAGUUAACCAGGCAAGAGAUGAACGCUGGAUUUGAGCGCAUUCUAACGUCCAUUACAGCUCAAGACAUCAGCGACAUCAUAUCCGAUAUCGAAAACGCGAGGAUGUCAAUUGCUUUCAGCGAAAGUAGUAAAAGGGAGGCGAGCAAAGAAGAAUACGUAAACAUAAUAAAACAAGAAUUAAAAGAUAAUUUUCUAUUUAAUUAUGUGAAACAGCAAGGUUCUUUGUUUGAAGCACUGUUUUCGAUGAUCAACAAGAAAUACGCGGUUCCGAGUAACAUAAACGAUCAGAAUGCGUAUAACGCCCUCGCAGCUUUGAACUUUGGCACACUGACUUACGCAUCGAUUGUUUUUACCCUUCUAGACGAGUACGCGUACAUAUCCGAAUACUUUUACCAAACGAACGAACUUGGUGAGUUCAACCAACAUUUAGAUAAACUUUUGUUUUAUUUUACCACUUUCAAGCGCAUUAUGAAUACAAAUCGCAAUGGUCUAAUCGAUAAAGUCAUUCAGUUGUUGGAUAGUGCUAAAAACAGCCAUGACAUGCGAAACUCUAAAAAAGAUUUGUACAGUGCUUUUGAAAGUCACAUUUUAACACUAAGGCAGUUGAAACAAAAAAUAAAUGACAUCACCUUACCAGUUAUCGAUAAAGCACCGGAAAACGACAUCGAUAUAUCAUUCAAGUCUUACGUGGGUGUAAGACGCAGUAAUACUAACUUUUUAGAUUGGAAGCGUGGUGCUAAGGUCAGCUAUGCUUUACAAUUUGAAAGCGAUGGUAAAUAUUCUAAAAUAAGCAAAUGGCUGCCACAGCAGGAAGUUAUUGAUAUCGCUAACCCUGACAUUAAGUUGAGAAAUUCCAAUCGCAUGAACAGGCUAGUCUUUCGAAAAUUCGACAAUAAUCCCCCGGAAUUGAUACGAGUCGUAUCAAACGCUCAAAGAGCAUUCAGGGAUGUAGACAGAGAUUUGUAUAAUUUAGCUUUUGUAGAUUCGUACCAGGAUUAUGAGAUUUUGAAUAACAUGAAUAAACUUAUAAGUCUGGGAGCAAGUGUAAAGGCAGUGUUCGAGAACAAGAGAGGGGUUAUCCACGCUGCCGCAGAAUCGGGGAGGGUGGGGAUGUUAAAGCGGAUAUUAGACAUUGAUCGUUCGCUGAUUAAUCAGAAAGAUUCCAUUGGCUACACCCCGCUGCAUAUAGCUUCGGAAAGGAAAGAGGUCGAUGUCGUGAAAGAACUUAUUAAGCGGAGGGCUGACGUAAACUGUAAAUCGAACACUUAUCACUUGACACCCCUGCAUCUAGCCGUUCGUUAUCAGUCUGAAGACACCGUGAAAGAACUGCUGGCAAGUCCCAACAUCAAUCCGAACGAACAAGACAAGGCUGGAAUGACUCCAUUGCAUAUCAGCGUGUCGGAUGAAACUUUUAGUUCGUCUAUUGUAUGGAGGUUAUUAACCAAUCGGAAGGUUGAUCCGAAUGUGAAAGACGCAAAUGGUUUAGCACCCAUCCAUUACUCGGCAAUUUUGGGACUGUACAUGGCUACCCAGAACUUUCAGCAGAGGAAGAAUGUCGAUAUGUUCCCAAAGGACAACACUGGCAUGACUCCGCUUCAUUACGCCGCCAUGAAGGGACACGAUGGGUUAAUUACAGACUUAGUGACCAACAACAGGAGCCACAUCAAUGACGUGGCGGGAGAGAGGGAGUGGUCUCCUCUGCAUUACGCAGUGUUCUUCAAGCAAGCAGAAUUUGCCAAACUUCUGCCAUCGCUCGUCAACAACCAGCCAUACAUGGACGUAGAUUGCGUAGACGUAGACAACCAGACACCUCUGCAUUUAGCAGCUGCAAGUGGUCAGAAAGACGUAGUGAGCACUUUCAUCGCCAGAGGAGCGAAAGUUUACAUAAAAACAGUUAAUGACCACACACCCCUUGAUCUGGCAAUCAUCCAUGGAAAGAAAGACAUCAUCGGAGAGAUAUUGAAAGCGGAAGAGAGGCAGAAAACGCAAACAGGUAAAGCAGCAAGGCAGGAAGAUACACUGGCGUGUGGCUUAGCUAAGGGAGAUAUUCUUGAUAUGCUGAUAAGAGCAAACCGCUGCAGCAGCAAAUUUCUGCGUGCAACCGAUCACCAGGAAGAUAGUCACAUUCGAUCAUCACUGAUUGAAUCUAUCAGGUCAAAAUUAAACGUAACUAGUGACAACAUGAAUCGUUACGCCAGAAAGAUAGUAUCAAGAAAUGAGAAUCUUCGCGGAAAAAAAUAUUUAAGUUCCUCAAAGUCCAAGGAAAAUUUGGAUCGAAAGAGUAGCGCAGUUUUAAAGCACGUAGACAUUAACGGUGCUUUACUUUUACUAGACCUGUUUAUUAGAAAAUUUACUAAUGAGAAAUAUAAUUCAGAUUGGGUUAAUGACGAUGAGCAGUUGGACGCGCGUGCUCGCACGUUGAGCAUCAUGGAGAGUCUAGAAAAGGUCAUGGAAUCUGUUGCAAAAGAAGGAGACCUGUUCGAUGUACAUUCGAAAAUCUAUAAGGCUGUCUUGAGUGGUAAUGAAAACAAACUAUUAAGUACGUUAUGCUCAUACGUCAAAGAUAACUCGUCUUUGGAGCCAAAAAAUGUCGAUAAGAUUGUAACACACAUCUUGAAGAAUAGUUUCAUCAUCAGCAAUCCUAAAAAAUCGUCCGGGAAGUUUCAAAAUGUCGUUACUUACACUUGUUAUUAGAAUAUUAUCUUCUGUUUGCGUGUAGUAAAAAGCAGUUUGAAGAACUAAUGAAUAGCAUUUUUGAUUUACUUUAGAGGACGCUAUGCCGCGGGGGAAACUUUUCAUGGCUAGUUUUUUUUCUUCCGUUUUCAUAGGCAUAGUUGGGACUUGGCUCCGCUUUCAUCACUUGGUAUCCGACGAUACUAUUUCGCUAUUUUUAGGAGAAACAAUCCUGAAAGUGGUUACUAUUUGGCGAUCGUAUAAGAAAAAUAUUUAUUUCGCAAUCUUUAUGGGCAAUUUUUU